AUGAGUGGCCCUUCAGACAAAGGAAGCUCGUUCCGUGUGUCGCAGCGUCAGCCUCAAGCGUGCCGAGAGUGCACAAAGCGGAAGCGUAAAUGUGACAAGCAAGAUCCCUGUUCGAGAUGUAAACGACUCAACUUGAAGUGCUCAAUAGAAGUCGUGCAUCUCAGGCGCAACACUGUGCAACACGGCCCGGAGAUCGAGUUUCUGAAUACACUAUUGGUCGAUCUGGAGUCAUCUCCAUCAGAUCAAACCACCCAUGUUGUUCAAAAAAUCAGAAACCGAGUAUUCCGGCUGGAGACUGGCCAAGAUCCCAGAGAACCGGAUGUAUCCACCACCACCACGGCGGAGCAAGAAAUAAGCUCGGCCGAGGAUCGCGCCCUCGGGAAAGCGUUUCCCGGGACUACUGAAAAUACUCUACACCAGGUUGACUCAUCACUUCUCACAGCUAUCGAGCAUCUUGCUUGGGGUCGAAACUCUGCUGGAUGCUUCCCACACAGGACAUGUGCAUGUCAGUAUCGCAAAGAUGGCCUGCAAUUAUUAUCCGCGACCAGCCUGCUCCAUUCUGAUUCUUUCGGUCUGAAAAAUACACCUAUUUUCCCUCAAACUGCCGAUGCUCAAAAGCUCAUUAAAUUCCACAUACGCCAUUUAGCAUGGCAUCACAACUGCAUACACAGCCCGACGUUCUUAGAACAGUGCGAAUUGUUUUGGGAAUGUGGGAAAUUCGACGACCCUUUGUGGCAAGCUCUUUAUCUUUCUAUCUUGAGCUCAACCAUCAGUUCAAUACAAGAUAGCGCGAAGGCAAGAGAGCUUGUCGAUGUCGACCUUCAUGCGGUACAGUCUGCUCAACAACUUUUCUCUGCUAUGGUCCAAACUCUUUAUAGUUCGAAUUUCCUCAGCAACCUAUCUCUAUAUUCUGUACAAGCAAUUGUUAUCUCAACCGAAGUCGCUCACAAUCUUGGACUGAGUCAGUUGAAUGCGACUCUGUUCAACGCCGCGGUGCGUAUUGCGGAGUGUCUGGGGAUUCACAAAAUUCAGGGUCACUCUUCAAAACCUGUUCGAAACAAAGAAGAAUGGGAAGAAAAAGUGGAACGAGAAGUGGGAAAGAGGGUUUGGUGUCAAAUGAUCAUCCAGGACCACUUCGCGAUCCCUUUCACCGACUCAUACAGUAUCUCCCCCAUGCACUUCUCGACCGGCCGCCCCAUGAACGCUGAUGACUAUGAUUUGAUGGAUAUGCCAAUAACCUCCCCUACUAUCAGCACUUACAUCCGCGUCUUGGUCAACCUGGCAGAGUUGAUGCCCGGCUUAGUUGAUGGGUUUGGCCCAAUGAAAGCGAGGAAGCCCCCGCGGCAGCAAUACGAACAUAUCCUGCACGUCGAUCAGAAAAUGAGAGCCGUGGUGAAGAACAUACCAUCAUUCCUGCUCCGCCCAGAUAAACAGAAAGAAGAACAAAUCUUAUGGCUUGGAAUUGCUCGACGAAGUCUCGCAAUUACUGCAGCAGAGAAAAUCAUCAUGAUCCAUCGACCGUUCCUCUUCCGCUCUUUCCACGACCAGACAUACAGCUAUACAAGACGUACAUGUGUUGCAGCUGCUAUGACCAUCUUGCGAGAACAUGAGGUAAUUGUGAGAGAAGAAGACGUUUCAAUAUGGACACAUACCGCCUUCGCAAUUACGGCUGCCGUUAUAAUGUGCUUUGAAGUGAAUGCCACUGCAGAGGACCAGGUGAAUAUCGCUCAAAGCUACAGGGAUGCCAUCCACGCGGCUCGCACCCGGCUUGCUGCUCGGAAUAACGAUGUCCUUGCUCAGCGAGGCGUUGCUUUGAUUGAUGCAAUCUUUACUGCGGAGAUCUCUAUGGGAACUUCAGGCCAGCGUCGGAAAGUGAUGGAUUUCGGUCAAAUCCUGGCCAAAUUUUCGAGCUUCACGCGAUUGCACCUGGGUCCUGAUACACCAGAGAGCUCUGUUGGCAGGUUCUCUGAUAUGGACACUCAAGAUGUUAUUGGUGCUCACUUUGAGCAGAUGCAGCCUGCUUGGGAUACUGCGGAAGACAUCGACUUCGACGCUUGGUUCAAUGGGACAUUCCAUUCUUUACAAGAUCCUCUGCCAUUUUGA